AUGGACACAGAUCGUCCUCUCCCCGCUAUAAAUGUAUGGACAUUCUUCGCCCUGGCAGCCCUCGACAUCGCCGCAAACGCAGCCGCCGGCCCCGCCGCCGUAGCAACAGCAAUCCACGUCAGCGGCGGCAUCCUCACCGCGCGAGCCCUACAAUUAGGUGCUCUAGCGGGCGUCACAAAAUCCGGUGUCCUAGCAUUCGUCGAGUUUAUCGCGUACGCGGGUAUACCCACACCGGCAUGGAUGCUGCUUAUCUUGCUGGCGAGUAGUUUUGGGAUUUGCGUGCUUGUUACGGCGGAGAUUAGUAACCUUGUUCUUGGGGAGACGCCGAGUGGAUUGUUGAUUGCGGCUGUUGUUGCUGCUAUCCCGUUAGGCGGGGAGUGUAUUGGGAUAUAUCAGUCGGCCGGAGGUCUAACAGGCGGCAAACCUCAAGCCCAAAUCUUCAUAAUGGGCCUCGACGCCCUCGGCGGCUACGUCUUUGCCCGAAUGGCCCAUAACGAAGGCCACGAUAUCUGCGCAUACAACGUCGCCGCCGCUGCCGGAGCCGUGUACGGUGUCAUAACCGGAUUCUUCCACACCGUGAUAGGCUGUAUGGCUGGAAUUACGCAUACGACGAGUACGAAUGGGCACUACGUAACUACGAAUAUUUUUGGAACGACCUCUGGGUAUGAUGAAAAUUGGCAGCGGAAUACGUUUUGGUAA